AUGAGAAACAGCGCAAGCAGCCUUUUCCCUUCCCUGGCCUGCCUUGGAACUGCCCAACUGCAGUCUGUAUUUCCAACCUUUCUGGAGCGGGCAGUGUGUCUGACCAGGGAGAGCAGUGGCAAGGACAGCGCUGCUGAGAACCAGAGAGCAAUGGACGCCUUAAGAGGCAAGCCUGGGGGCACUCCUGGGAGACCUGGUGAGCCUCCACUGAUAAAAGGCUGGCUUCCUUACCUUGGAGAGGCCCUGAAAUUACAAAAGGAUCCUUUAGGUUUCAUGAAAACUCUUCAAAAGCAACAUGGUGACACUUUCACUGUUCUCCUUGGAGGCAAGUAUAUAACAUUUAUCCUGGACCCUUCUCAGUACCAGUUAGUAAUGAAAAGUCCCAAAUUAAGCUUUCGAAUAUUCACUAAUAAACUAUUAAGGAAAGUAUUUUCCAUCGAAAAGUUGGCAACCAAUGAUGACCUGAACAAUGACCUUCAUGGCUGCUAUCAUCUUUUACAAGGGACGUCUUUGGACAUACUCACAGAAAACAUGAUGCAGAAUUUAAAACAAGUAUUUGAACUCCAGCUAUUAAAAACCACAAAUUGGGACACGGCAUACCUGUUGACAUUCUGCAGCUCAGUAAUAUUUGAGGUCACGUUCACAACCAUAUAUGGACAAUCUCUUCCUGGCAAUAGGAAAAAAUUUAUUACUGAGCUAAAAGAUGAUUUCUUAAAAUUUGAUGACAAAUUCCCAUAUUUAAUAUCAGACAUACCCAUAGAGCUUCUAGGAAAUGUCAAAUCUAUUAGAAAGAAACUUAUAAAACGCUUGACAUCAGAACACUUAGCUAGGACACAGGGAUGGUCAGAAGUUGUUCAAAUGAGGCAAGAUAUCCUGGAGAAAUACUAUACGCUUGAGGACUUUGAAAUAGGAGCACAUCAUUUAGGCUUUCUCUGGGCUUCUGUGACAAACACUAUUCCAACUACGUUCUGGGCGAUGUAUUACCUCCUACAGCACCCAGAAGCUAUGGCAGUGCUGCGUGACGAAAUUGACCAUUUCCUGCAGUCAACAGGUCAAAAGAAAGGGUCUGGAUUUCCCAUCCAGCUCACCAGAGAACAAUUGGACAGCCUGGUCUACCUAGAAAGCACCGUUCUCGAGGUUUUACGACUAUGCUCAUUUUCAAGCAUCAUGCGUUUUGUUCAAGAGGAUUUGACUCUACAGUCAGAGACACAGGACUACUGUUUGCGAAAGGGGGACUUGGUAGCCAUCUUUCCUCCAGCCAUACAUUAUGACCCGGAAAUCUUUGAAGCUCCAGAGGAGUUUAGGUUUGAUCGUUUUGUAGAAGAUGGUAAGAAGAAAACCGCCUUUUUCAAAAACGGGAAAAAGCUGAAGUAUUUCCUAUUGCCAUUUGGAUUUGGAGCCAGCAAAUGUCCAGGCCGAUUUUUGGCAAUUGUUGAAGUAAAGCAAUUGUUGGUUGUACUUUUAACUUAUUUUGAUUUAGAAAUAAUUGAUGCUAAACCUAUGGAAGCAAACUACAGUCGCCUUUUGUUUGGUAUUCAGCAUCCAGCUUCUGAUGUUUUAUUUAGGUACAAAGUAAGAUCUUAAAAGAAGUGAUAAGGAAAGAAAAGAAAUCUAUCUGAACUAACCUAAAUGUCCUCGGCUCAUCU